GGGAACGCCCAUGAGGUCUGACCAAAUCCAAGCUUCUGACACGUAUCAGGAAUAACAACACGACAGCCAGCAGCUGAGACUGUGCAGCUUUUCAUCAUGAGUGGGAAAAUGCACUAUCAAGGGUAUGGAAGCUUUGAAAAAGAAAUAAGGAUGGUCCUAGUCGGGAAGACAGGAGUGGGAAAGAGCGCCGCAGGAAAUACCAUCUUGGGGCGAGAAGCUUUUGAGUCUGAACUGUCUCCAUCUUCUUUGACAUCUGAGUGCCAGAAAAGCAGAGGGACUGUCAAUGGUGAGAAUGUAGCUGUUAUCGACACUCCAGGGCUGUUUGACACAAAUUUUACACAACAAGAAGUGUUGAAGAAGAUCAAGAUGUGCAUCUCUCUGUCUGCUCCUGGUCCUCACGCCUUCCUGGUGGUUCUCCACCUGGGCAGGUUCACCCAGGAAGAGAAAGACACAGUUAAAAUGAUCCAACAAACCUUUGGUGGAGAUGCUGCCAAAUACUCAAUGGUGCUGUUCACACAUGGAGACCAGUUGAAGAAGCAAACGAUUGAGAGUUUUAUUGACGACAAUACUGAAUUGAAAGAAAUCAUUCGAAGUUGCUACGGCCGAUAUCACGUCUUCAACAAUGAAAUCAAAGACCCAGAACAAACCAGUCAGCUCUUGGAUAAGAUUCACAUGAUUAUCAUGGCUAAUGGUGGCGGUUACUACACCAACCAAAUGUUCAUGGAAGCAGAGGCAGCCAUCCAAAGAGAGAAAGAACGUCUGCUGAAAGAGCGAUCGGACAACCUGCAGAAAGAGCUCAAUGACCUGAGAGCCAAAUAUUCAGAUCAAGUCUAUCUUCAAAAAAAGGAGAAGGUGCAGUUUAAAUACGAGUACCAAGCCAGAACACAAGCUGAAAGGUCAAAUGAUUUUAUUGCUGCCCCAGCAAUCGCUAUAUCAACAGCUUGUGGUGCUGCUGUCGGGGGUGUGGUGGGACUUGCUGGAGGCCCAAUUGGUGUGGCAGUGGGAAUCGCAGUUGGAGCAGCUGCUGGUGCUGUCAUCGGAGCAGUAUCAGUUAAAAUAUCAGAGCAAUGUCAUGUGCAGUAAGAACUGGACACCAUAAACUGAACUGUUGGUUUAAAUUCAUCUUCAGUUGCUCUUGGAUCAACUCUUGGAGUUCAUCUACAGAAAGUCUGGCUAUCAAAAUGAAUAAUGAACAGUAAGGUGCCCUAAAAAUAAUUAAGUUAACAUGUUAAUAUGUUUGCAGGUUAAAUUUUGUAACAUUCACAAUGAAAUCAUGAGAAUGGUUAUGAUGACAGAUGAGAAUUGUAUGUUAAACUACAAUGAUAAAUAGUUAAUCCUACCUAUUUUACAAUAUAACAUGUACAUAUAUGUAUAUUCUUUAUAUAGUUUAUAUGAAAUCAAGUUUUCUUCUGGAAUUUACAAACACUGCUAGGGUUGAUUUUGUUGAAUUUGCAAAGGAAACACUGGGUAAAAAUGCCUAUUAACUUUGAAACUAUAUUUGUUCUUUGUUUUUGAUCACAUCUAUUAUGCACCAACCAAAUACAAAUCAGUUUCAUGAAACCAGAAAUAGAUGUCCUUUCGUGUCCCUUCACACAUAGUGCAAAUUUGGUCGAAUUGCGCAGGAAUCAUAUGCAAUACGUGUAAAAUUGUAGCUGCCUCCAAUGCCUCGUACACCUGUUGCUACAACUAUUUGUGUAUACCAGCAGCUGAAAGACAGUGUGCGCUGUGCGAGCCCAUUGAUCCCUGUCAUGGCAGGUGUCAGCCAAAUUCCAGCUGACACACACGAACAUCUAACACUGCUCACUUGGCACUUAGAAACAGUGAGGGGGUAUGGCCGCCAAUAGGAGCAGCUGUGGAGAUCUGUGGUUCUGGAUGUCAUGGCUGGGGAACACAUACCGUGUUAGGACGGACAUGAAAUAACAACUGCCCACUGUGACAUGCGCGUGUCUGCUUGUCAUCACGUGGACAUACAUAAAUAUAUUGCUGUGGCAAUGGGCUGCAGUGAGUGAGCGCAUGCUGCGCACAUUAACAGGCUACCCCAGGUCAAACAAACCAUCAGAUCAUGACACAGUGUGGCGAUCUGAAUGUCACAUCACCCAUGUGAGCUCUCUUCCACAUGACAUGGUGUCGGUCCUGCGGUGCGCAGUCCACAAGACAUGUGUGUCAGGCAGCACACGUGCGUGAAGCCGGCUGGACACACUGCCAGCAGAUGUGGACAUGAUAAGAGCGCCCUGCUUGUCAUUCAUGUAAUUUCAUGACUGUACAUCUGUGACCAUGGGUCAUCUACAGAGGAACAGAUGGAUCAUAUUUGUAUU